CGCGAUACACGAACAGACAAAGAAGUCGUCUUUCUGAGUUUCUACAAUGGCGGCCCGGUAUCGCCAUUCCGACUCACCACAAACUCCUCGCAUAGAACAGCCUGGACAUGACCGACUGGUUCCAGUCAGACCCGCGACAGACACUGAGAAGAAACUAUUGAGCGUUAUCAGCCGGCUGUCUGGUCAGAGAGGACCGCUGGAGGAGAAGCUGGAGGAGAGGAUAGCCGCCAUGGAAGCCAAAUUAAACACUUUCUCCAGCGGCGAGGAAAUUCAGCGGAAAAGAGGAGAGCACAGUCCUAAAAUUGCGACUGGGCUCACCUCACAAUGAGACAGUCAGGACAUAUUUAGUUAAAACUUUGGCUGAAGUCCAGAUGUGGAGGAUGUGGAGACAGACGUCCUUCUAUCUGCUUGUAAAAAGCAUUUUGAAACUCUACGGAGGAACUACCGCUACAGUCAACCCAACAUGGCGGAUCAGGCGGAGGCCAUGAAGUCUUCUGCCCCGAGUCGCCACAGAAGAAAGUGGCUGCUGGAUGCCAGGAAGACAGUCCUUGCUCCAGAUGAAGAGGACUUCUGGAAGGGCAUCACAGCUGACAUGAUGUCAGAUGAGGAGGACGGCAGCGUUGACGGGGUGCGUGGAUGGAUAGUACGGCCUCCAUCCUUCCACAGCCAGGAGCUAGCCAACCUGUGUGCAGCCCUACAGGCUGGAGGCUGAUGUAAAGUACACAGCUCUACAUCACAGGCGUUUUCACAAUGGACAGCCGUCUGAUAGACUGAAGCCACUGAAGUACAACACAGCAGCAGCCAGAAAACAUUUUAAGCCAGAGCUGAUGCUUGAGACCAGCCUGGAGUGAGAGAUGAACUUGGUCAAAAUUUUUUGUAAAUUUUUUGUUUUUAAAGACAGUUUAUUUUAAUUUUGAUUUCGGAUUUCUGGAACUCUGGACUGUUCAAUAAAGCUCUUGUUUUUCAA